GUUUCCAUUGUAAACAAUACUGUUGUCCCGUUAUAGUGCAGACCCAAGAACCAUGAAAAGCAAAUAUAUUCAAGACCUCUAAAGCGGCACUAGCAAAGUAGACGUUGGACUGCUUGUAGUGAUCAGGACAACCCUAAAGAAAGUCCUUUGGCAUGGGAUGUGGAAUAUCAAAGACAUCCGUUCAACAGUUUAGGUCAGGAAGUGAAAUUUCAACUAAAAGCCUUGUGAUUAUUCGGACCACAUCACAAGAAAAUAACAAACCACAAGUAUCGCCAGAGAAGACCACACAGGUGGAGGCAAGUACAGGUACACAGUCACAGAAGAAACCUUCCAACAUGGAUGCUGACAAUGAGGUAGAGCACAGAGAAGAACCUGCUGAAGAGACCGGACAUGCUCAAGGAAGUGCCAGCUCUUCUGAUGUUGAGGCCGUGAGAGAAGAGGCAGCUCAAGAUACUAGACACAAAACAGGAAGUGACAGUUCAUCUGAUGGUGAUGAAGUUGAUGAGGAUAAUAACCAAGAACAAGAGGAUGGAGAUGAAAAUGGUACAGGUCAAGGUCAAGGUGGUGAAGUUCAAGGACAGAAGAAGCCCCGCAAAAAGCUAACACCAGAAGAAGUAACAGAGCGAUAUCUGAAAAAGAUUGCAAGGACAAGAAAAAUAACUUCCAACAUUAUGGACAAUGACAUAUAUACUGAUGACAACGUUCCCUCUGAAAGUUUUAGAGCUAACAUACUGUCAGCAGGUAAAUUAUACUAUUCAUUGCGAGGUGCACCAAAAUCAGAUAUCAACAAGUUAAGGCAGGAAAUCGGACAAAUAUUUAUUGACACAAAUUUUCUGAAUUGUUUGGGCAAGUUUGUGGUAACAACACUGACUGAAAAGAAAUAUAAGAACUUGGAAGGUACGGUGAUCAGUGACUUCAAUAAUCCUCUGAAGAAUGGACUCAAAGCUCUGAUCAACUUCACCAAUGCUGUGCCUGCUGUUUGUGAGUGUCUUUGUAAGCUGGAUGGCUUUCUGCAUGGUUUUCGCUCAAGUCUGGAAGAUAUGGUUCCAGCUGAUGGAGGAGAUGCGGAGGCAAAAGCCCCCAAAAUUAAAGGUGAAACUCUGUUAGUGAAGACCAUGCUGGGUAUUGUACAUAACAUUGGUAUGCACGAUUCCUGUGUGCCCUACCUACAGAGUCACAACUACACCCCAGUGCUUUUGUCUUACAUGGACUCGAAACUAGGCAUGACCCGGAUGUCAGCCAUAGCUGCUCUAGCUGACAUCCUGGAUGAGAAGGAGUGUGACCUGCUUCAGUCCCGAAGAGAGGGAAUCAAGUUCUUGAUAACCAUUUUCGAAAGGUCUUUGAAAAAACGCCAACACAUCAAUAGAGGUUGGUCGUCCAAAGAGUUGGCAAGGACUGUGGGAAGACUGGCCAGGAAUGAUGCCAACAAGAAGAUGUUGGUGGAACAGGGUGCUCUCCCUCUCUUGUUGAAGCUUUUCAAAUCUCACAACACUGAGGAACAGAAAGAGGCGAUUGAGUCCUUGUGGGUCCUGGCAUUUGAUGAAGACAACAAACAGAAGAUGAUGGAAGAGCCGGGUCUGAUGGAGGCUGUGGUGGAAGAAUAUCGCAGCUCUACCGACAAAAACAUCCGAAAGCCUUGUCAGGGGUUGCUGUGGAACCUGAGGGAGAUCCUCCUGCAGUCAGAGGAGUAUGCAGACUUAGGCAAAGAACUGUCUGUGUCUUCUACAAAAAGCAAAGAAGUUGAUCAGAAGGCCAAAGGUCAUGUGAUGAUCAGCUACCAAUGGGCCAAUCAGGAGGUGCUGAUCAAGGUGAAGGACUGUCUCAGACAGAAUGGCUACGACGUGUGGAUGGACAUUGACAACAUGGGAGGCUCCACACUACAAGCUAUGGCGGAGGCCAUCGAGAAUGCAUCUGUGGUGUUGAUAGCAAUGUCCCGGAGGUACAAGGACAGCCCAAACUGUAGAGCAGAGGCAGAGUAUGCGUUUUCAAAGAGGAAGUCCAUCGUCCCCCUAGUCAUGGAACUGGGGUACCGCCCCGAUGGCUGGCUGGGGAUGAUCCUGGGGUCCAAGCUGUUCUUUGACUUCAGCGGCAAAUACAGCUUUGAUUCUAAGAUAGACGGUCUCAAUAAGGAGCUACAAAGGAGCCUCACGGAUGGAGAACCUGGUGUGUCAGAGGAUGCUGGAGUUAGGAAGCCAUUUGAUUUUUUGUGUUUAUUCACUUGCUCACAUUGUUCUGUAUUGGUACAGUCAGCCAAGACAACCACUGCCUUCCGCUCUCCAGCAGUUAAACCAGAUACAGACUCUAUCAAACAGUGGACAAGUGCUGAUGUGGCUAAAUGGCUGACUAAGCAUAAUCUGAAAGGGAACAAAUUGGAAAAGUUAACAGGCCGUGAAGUUGCUUUUCUGAAACAGCUGAGAUAUGAGGCACCAGAGUUUUUCUACCACACCGUGGAAACCAAACUGGACGUCACAGAUCUCCUUGGAUUUGUCAACUUCACGGAGGCAAUGGAUGACCUCAUGUCUUGACUCAGUUGAGGAAUCACAGAGGCAAUGGAUGACCUCAUGUCUUGACUCAGUUGAGGAAUCAUUGGAGCUGAUCGAUGUCACAAUGCCAAAAUAGGACACUGUCCAGUGCAUCUGGUGUUUGUCAGUAGGUAUUGUGCCUGUCUUUCCAAUAGGAGUUUUGCAAGCAAUCCUUACAUGGGAAUAUCGUUUUCUAAUACAUUCUAAAAUAGCGGGCGGUGGGGUAGCCUAGUGGUUAAAGCGUUGGCUCGUCACGGCGAAGACCCGGGUUCGAAUCCCCACUGUCAGUCUAAAAUAGCAAUUGCUUUUACAGUGCGAAUUUCUUCUUGAAACUUAAUAGGGUGUAUAUGAACCUGCACUAUUCAUCUUGACUGAAAUGUUUACUUGUAUAUUUUGUAUGCAUUUAUGAAAUCAGCUGAAUAUUAUAUUAUUGCCAGAAUGCCAGUUCGAUCCUACUGUCUUUCCUUUGCACAAAAAUGUUCAUACUCUACUGAGUUGACUGCCAGAGGCUAUGUCUUCCAAGAUGUCAUUUUUGAAAAUUCAUUCACAGUAUGUGUUGAGUUGCAUUGGUGUUAUUUUGACAUACAUAUACUAGCACAUAUUCCACAUAGCAAAUUAGUCACAUAUGUCUAUGGUUACUUGGUGAUAUUGUUGUAAAAUGGUAUAGAAAGACCUGAUGAGAUUUGAACAAGGAUUUACGGGACGCGAAUUCCUGCGUCCUAUACACAUAAAAAAUGACAAUGGACGCUACGAAAUUUAGCAUUUCCACAGGGAUGCAGAAAAAGUCCAAAUACCUUUUUGUAAAAAUUCAUAUCAGGUAACAAUAAGUUAUCAAAGAGCUUGCUACUAGAUGGAUUUUGGUAUCAUUUGCAAUUCAAUUACUGUAACAAUUAAUGUGAUGAUCAUCAUACAAAAUACAAUAACAAUAUUAAUAAUAAUAUUUAAGUGUCUGGGACCCCCAUUUUGUUGUCCAGGACCCCUUAAAAUUAAGAGUAUGAGUCCCAGGGACCGUAAAAAAAGGACUCACGGUAAAUCCCUGUUUGAAUAUGUCUGCCUUCAGGUAAUGAUGUCAGAAUGACUGGUAGAUGAUCAGAUAGGUGAAAAGGCAAACAAUCAAAUAUGAAAAGAUGUGCAAGAUUGGAAACUGUGUUCUCUUGUGUGAGUGUCGCCUAAAGAAGGAGUCAGACUGUAUAUAGUACUUAGUAUUUAUUUAUUAUUUAAUUUAUUAACAUAUCUUUGAUAUUUACCUUUUUCAUACAUUUGGACUGCAUGAGCAGUCUUGCAUUUGUAUAAAGUUUAUGUAUAGAAAGAGCCCCUUUUGGCUGAAUAAACUAUAAAUUAAGGAA